GGGGUCAAGCUCCGCCCCCUCAGGUGUGUCCACAGAGCGCAGGGUUUUACUUUUUCCUUCUGAAACUGAAUUUCUCGGACAGGUUGUUUUUAUUCAUUCCUAAAGGAUUUUAACCGCAGGAUCCAAAUAUAAAUGCUUUAACACAUGGAUCGUUUUUGGCUCCUUGUCUUUCUGGGAGGAUUCGUGUUUUCUGGAGUGCAAGAAGUUUUGGGAAUAGAAAUUAAAACGAAAAAGGAGCUGGAGGCUGUCAAUGGGACCAAUGUGAGGCUGUGGUGCUCCUUCACCUCCACUCAGCCAAUUUUGCCUGAGAAAGUCAUUGUGUCAUGGUCCUUCCGGGGAAUUAAUUCAAGAUCAGAUGAUCGUGUGCUUUACUACCACGAGAUUCCGUAUCCUCAAAAAGAGGGGCUCUUUAAAGGCCACGCAGUGUGGUCAGGAGAUAUAGGGAGAAAAGAUGCUUCCAUCACCUUAGACGAUGUGCAGCCCAACUUUAAUGGAACCUACACCUGCCAUGUGACCAACCCUCCAGACUUCCACGGCAGUAGUGGACAAACUGUCCUCAGAGUCGUCAACAAAGUGACACUCUCUGACGCCACCUUCUUUUUGUCCAUUGUCGGGGGUUGCUGCGGCCUUGUCCUGGUUCUCCUCGGCAUCUUUGCUGUUGUGAAGGUUUGCCGGAAGAAACAAAGGGAAGAUGACUUUGAAUAUCAAGAGGAGUGCAGCAAGAAUGAGCCGACUAUUUGUUCACCUGCAGAGGCAGUUCACCUGACGGUUCUGAAAAAGGAAAAGGAAGUUGGUAGUUCAGACGAUGAGGAGUCUGAGCCGAGCAGUGGGGGCGAUGAGGAGGAGGAUGAUCCCGGAGAUGGUGACGAUGAUGACGACGACGAUGAUGAUGAUGAUGAUGGUGGUGAUGAUAAAGACAAAAAGAAAAACCUGUUUUAGUAAAAGGAAUGAUGCACUUAAAGGAAAUCGUGCCAUGCAAAUAUUUCAAACUCUGUUUCAGCUCACUGUUGGUAGCUAAAGGCAGCGGUUAAUCACUGGGAAACCAGAGAUGCUGUCUAUGUAACACAUUUACUAAUCAUUUAUUUUUAAACAUCUUCAUCAGUUUGUCCUUUUGCAGCCAGCGCCAUCCGGCCUCAACCCAAAACAUUUUGACCAGUUUCCCCUUUUUUAUUUCAUUUUUUU